AUGGAUGUACCAUCACGACCAUUACUCUCUCACGGAAUAUUGGGUAGAACAUCUGGUUUAUCACCAGAGAAAAUUACUGUAGAUGUUCAAAGGCAACAGUCGUUUACACUUGGUAUGAACAAGAACCAACGUAUUCCGUCUAGAGAUAAUACACAAGUCUCACAAUUUGCCAAGUUAUGGCAUGACAGAUUGCUGAGCAGAAAAACAAUGAUCCAUAAGGAAUUUCAGGUUGAAUGAACGUAUUAUCACAUCUAUAUACCAAGCUGAGAGCAGCUCUACUAUUCAUUUCUAUAGUUGCUAUGCGCCUAUGCUACUAUUCAUGAUUUUAUUGAUUUGUUUACUGUACAAAUUUCAUCGUUAAUAUUGUUGUGCGGAUACAUAUAUUAUAGACACUAUAGGUUUAAUAUAUAGUCACGUCAAAAUCAUUACUACAAUAAAAUCAUUAAAUCCAUUGAUUUACGAUCCAUUUAGCUAUUAUUGAUAAUGACUGCUCAUUAACUAAUGUACUGUUUUCUUAUUCAUUUCAUGCCUGUGUUUGUUUGUUUAGGCCAAAGCAACUUUUAAGAAAGCCAUUAAGAAGAUUGUAUCAGCUUUAAAAGUGAUAAAUGCCUUCUUAAGGUACAGAUGCUCAUUAUUUCAAAAUUUGCACCAAUGAAUCAAUGAUUGAAACAAAUAAGCGGAUACAUGGUUUACUUUUAUAUAGUAUACCUGAAAAAUGACUCGAUUCUGGUUGUCUAAGAGUAGUGCAAUUUUAUUGAAAUACAGUGCCAAGAAAAUAAAUUCUUUGUAAACAAGUUAUUGUGUCAUUCAAUGAGUGGGUGAGUGAGUGAGUGAGUGAGUGAGUGAGUGAGUGAGUGAGUGAGUGAGUGAGUGAGUGAGUGAGUGAGUGAGUGAGUGAGUAAAAUAUUUAUUUCGAAUUUGUACCAAUCGAGUCGUUGAAUUUGCGAGUCGUUGAAUUUGCUUCUGCAUAUACAUUUUCAUGUAUAUUAUUAUACCUACACCAAUACAAUAAUGUUUCCUUAUUUUCCUAAACAAUACUCAGUAGAAAGACUGAGCGGAUCCUAACCGUCCUAAAAUAGUUUGGUAUCACUAUCCGAAUAUAAUAUUGAAUAUUGAUGUAUUUAUAGCUUAAUAAGUGAAAGGUCUGUGAUUUUAGAUGGAUGCAGGUCGUUGUAUUAGUCAAAUCUGAGGUAAAACGUAAAUACAUGAUUCUUUUACAGUUGUUCAUCAAACAGCAGCUCGCAUAACCAACACGAUGCAUUUCGAUAUUUCAUGGACAUAUUGGACAUCAGUGGAAAUCAUGUGUCAGACGAAACAGUCUCUCGAAAUGAUGCAAAUUCUCCUACACCACUAUUUGAUCCGGCUUGGUUUAAAGCAAAUCGCGAGGUACUUGCAUGGCCACAAUGUCCAAAUCCACAGUGUAAAUUUUCUUUUUCCUAAGAUCGAUGCUUCAUUGUCGCCUUUCUUUCUUCUUUUACUUCUUUGAUGUCCCCGCCUUCUAUUGCGAUUUAUUUCCAGCUCCAUAUAAUAAAUCUUCUUCAUUCUUUUUUUGUCUUAGCCUUGCUUCCCUCUCCUUCACUUCAAUGUCUCACACAUUCCGAUCUCUUCAUUCCAUGCCUCUAACUAGCUUUCCUUCAUCUCGUCCUAUUACAUAUCCAUGCCAUCUCAUCUUGGCUUUCCUCUCCUUCGCUAAGUGUGGCAUCUUACAUAUUCUUUAAUUCUGAUCUCGGUGCUCUUUCAAACUCUCUGUCCUCAUUUCCUUCAGCGAUCCUACAUGCAUGUUUCUGGGCUUUUCGGGAUUUUACUGAAGAACAGCGAUAAUUCAUCGAUGUUAUCUGCAAUUUUUACAGAUCCGCCUCAGCAGCGAAACCAAAGCAAUUUUAAGUCAAUAUCCAAAUACAAGGACACCAGAACAAGUUCAAACG